AUGGACUUCACGACCAUCCUGAACAGGAAAAACUCCGCCGCCGCAGCCGCUGCCGCCGCCGAAGCACAGUUACAACACCAGUACUUUCAGCAGAGUGCACAGUUACACACCGGAGCUUCGCCCACCAUGAAGAGCGAAUCAGGUGGCUCGGAGAACCCGGUGAAUGCAUACCCACCUCACGGUCCUCCCCAGAUGCAAAUGGAUGCAGGACUGGCCGAUGGCUUCUACUACGCGCAACCCACGGGAUCGACUCCCCGAAACAUGGCCUAUGCCCCUGCAGGAUACGCUGGCGAUCCCCAGAUGCAACAGGAACCUAUGCCCCAGGGAAGGGCGGGUGUCGACCCACCACCGAAGACUUUCCAUUGCUCAACCUGCAACAAGGGCUUUGCCCGACGCAGCGAUCUUGCUCGACAUGAGCGCAUCCAUACUGGUGUCCGACCCCACGCUUGCGACUGGCCCGGAUGUGGGAAACAAUUCAUUCAACGCUCGGCAUUGACGGUACACUCCCGUGUGCAUACUGGAGAAAAGCCACACAUGUGUGAGCGAUGUGGAAAGCCCUUUAGCGAUUCAUCCUCGUUGGCCAGACAUCGCCGCAUCCACUCCGGAAAGCGUCCCUACAAAUGCCCUUACGCCAACUGCCAAAAGACGUUUACCCGCCGUACUACUUUGACUCGACACCAAAACCACCACACUGGGACAAUCGAGGAAGCUGCGGCAGAAACAGAGGCCCAGCUGCGACAAAACAAGGAUCGUGGCCGUCCUGGCGAAGGAAUGUUUUCUGAGCAUGGCUCCAUCCACUCUACUCCGUCACCUGCGCAACACCCCUCCAUGUCUCCGGGUGGUGAACUUCCUCCACUGAACAUGCACCGAUCUGCCGGCGACUACUACAUGGGCACCGGUCCUAUCCCACCCCACGUGCGUGGCGAUUUCUCCCAAGGCAGCCCUCGAGCUUCUCCGACCGCGACAUCUCCUUCGCUAUCCAGCUACGGCAGUGCGCCCCACGUUCGACCUUCUAUGACCUCGCAUCCUUAUGCGCCACCCCAACCUCUGGAGCCUCCGGCCAACAGCGACCAUCGCCCCAACAGUGUGAAUGGAAGUCCCCACAUGACCAGUCUUGGUUGGGCUUCUCCGUCUCACGGUAGCAUGCCUUCGCCUGGAUCCGCGAACGACUUCACCUAUCCCGAGCCCACUGGCCCAGCUUACCCUACAUCGAUGCCGCCGCACAUGUACUUCCCCAAUUCAACCAUUCGUCGGCCCACCAGCACCGAGCCCGAGAACUACGAUAUGAAGUCCCGGGGUGACCACUCAUGGUCAACAGCUGUAUGA